AAACAAAACAAUGUACCAAGCUUCGUCGAACGAAGCAGAAAAAAAAGUGCCAAAGAAGCAGUUCAAAACAAUUGCACCAACCACUGUGACUACAACCACACCCCAGGCACCAACCUUACAAAAGAAUGUUCCCCCCUUUUUAAACAAACUAUACAGUAUGGUUAGUGAUCCAGAGUCUGAUGAACUUAUAUGCUGGGCUGAAGAUGGAGUUUCGUUUUUUGUUAAUCGACAGGAAGAUUUCGCUCGUAAAGUUUUACCUCGUUUCUUUAAACACAAAAAGUUCUCUUCAUUCGUUCGGCAACUCAACAUGUACGGGUUUCAUAAGGUACCUCAUUUACAGCAAGGUGUAUUGGAAACUGAUGGUGAAUCGGAACGUUGGGAAUUCAGUAAUCCUCAUUUUCAGCGUGAUCAACCGGAUCGUUUGCUUUUAGUAAACCGAAAAAAGGGACCCAACACAGACGAAAAAGAAAUCUCUAGUAUAGAUUUACAUCAUAUCUUGGAAGAAAUUCAAUCGAUUAAAAAGCAUCAAACGAAUAUUUCAACACAACUCCAGAAUAUACAACGAGAUAAUCAAGUACUUUGGCAAGAAACAAUUGCAGCGAGGGAGAGACAUCUUCGUCAUCAAGAAACUAUUGAUAAAAUUCUUCGGUUUUUGGCAUCCGUGUUUUCAAGUAAGGAAAAAAGACCUGCUAUUCCGAGAAAAAGAAGGUAUCUUUUGGGGCCUGCUGAUGGCUCGGAUCACGAUGAAGGUGAUGUCAACGAACCAGAUAAUGGGGUUCGGAAUUCGGCAACUUCGAUUACUGAGGAAAGCCGUAAAGCUAAUAAAAAGCCCCGCCAAAAUGAACCUACUACAUCUUUUAAUAUUGAUGAUUAUGUCAGUGGUAAAAAUGAGCUAUUGGAAUUGAGUAAUGCUCUACCUGAACACCUAAAAGAUUCUGCUACAAAUACCACGUCUUCGGAUUUAGAAGAUGCUAUCGCACUAAACGAUCAAUCAAAAAUUGAUCAUUCUGCAUUGGCAUCAAUAAAUGACUUCUCCAAUAUCGCCAAUAUACCUCAAUUACAAAACCUUCAAAGCUUGAUCACUUUAGCUCAAUCUAAUCCUGAACUACUCAAUCAAUUAACAAACGAAGCAUUUUACGGCAAUUCAACAGGACCUUUUACCGACCAAAGUGACCAGCAGUAUAACAACAAUAACAGCUACAUGAAUAAUGACAAUAAUAGCAACAACGGUAUCAAUACUUAUACUGCGAACAACAACAACAGCAAUAAUAAUGAUAACACUAAUAAGAAUAAUUCCUUUGACUCGUCGUUUAACCAAUAUAAAUCCGCCUCUGUGCUGACAUCGUCGCCAUCAGCAAUAAACACAAUUGAUAAUCAACAACAAGCAGCUCGAACAAUCAAUCAAGUCACAAAUACUAUCUCAAAUAUCACUCAUACAGCUGACGCAUUAAAUCAAGACAUUGACGACCUUGGGAUUAGCCUUCAAGCGUUAGCCCAUCAUUUAGGAUUUGACCCAACUAAAGGAACGCCUGCUGAUGACGAUAAAAUUGAUGAAGAUGAAGAUGACUUAUUGGACAUGGACGAAUUUCUAAAUACAUACGGUCCGGAUGUACAUCCUGAAUUGAUUGAGACGGGGACAGAAACAGAUUCCAUCAUAUUAGAAUUGCCUUCUUCGACUGCUAUUGGGCGAUCAUCUAGUCCUGUAGUUAGUACACCUGGAUCGGUCACAUCCACGCAGACUACUAAUAAAAUGUAACAAAAUGUAA